AUGGAUCACCUGACUGCGCUCUUCCAGGAGAUGUGGCGUCAAGGUGUAGUCCCACAAGACUUCAAAGAGGCAACAAUCGUGCAUCUCUACAAGCGAAAAGGGAACCGCCAAGUCUGCGACAAUCACCGUGGCAUCUCCUUGCUGAACAUCGCCGGGAAGAUCUUCGCACGAAUCCUCCUCAACCGCCUCAAUAACCAUCUGGAACAGGGCCUUCUGCCGGAAAGCCAAUGCGGCUUCCGUUGUCAUCGUGGGACCACGGAAAUGAUCUUCGCCGCUCGUCAUCUUCAGGAGAAGUGCCAGGAGAUGCGGACUCACCUGUACUCUACCUUCGUGGACCUGACGAAAGCCUUUGGCACGAUGAAUCGUGAAGGACUGUGGAAGAUCAUGCAGAAAUUCGGCUGUCCGGAGCGAUUCAAUCAGAUGGUGCGUCAGCUACACGACGGAAUAAUGGCGCGAGUCACGGACAACGGUGCUGUCUCAGAGGCAUUCGCAGUGACCAACGGAGUGAAGCAGGGAUGCGUACUGGCGCCUACCCUCUUCAGUCUUAUGUUCACUGUCAGGCUGAUGGACGCCUACUGCGACGAAAGUCCCGGGAUCCGCAUCGCCUACAGAAUGGACGGUCAUCUCCUGAAUCAACGGCGCAUGAACUUCCAAUCGCGUGUAUCAACAGCCACCAUGCACGAACUCCUCUUCGCCCACGACUGCGCCCUGAACACCACCUUAGAAGAGGAGAUGCGGCGCAGUAUGGACCUGUUCUCCGCCGCCUGCGAGAACUUUGGCCUGGUCAUUAACCGCCACCCAACUCAGCCAUAUCCCCAACGCGCAGCAAAUCAGGGUGAACGGAACCCAACUGCAAGUGGUGGAGAACUUCCCGUACCUGGGCAGUACCCUCUCCCGCAAUACCAAAAUCGAUGUCUCCGUCACAUCCUGAGGCUGAACUGGCAGGAUCGCAUCCCGGACACUGAUGUGCUAGAACGAACGGGAAUCCUGAGUAUCUACUCCAUGUUGAGACAAAUGUAG